CUUCUGACUACAGCGAUGCUGCCUGAUUCCACUUCAGCUCUUCUUCUCCUAAGCGUCCUUGUUCACUCCUCUGUUCAGUCAUAUCGGACUGGGACCGAAACAGAGUGUGAUGCUGCUCCUUUUGUACCAGGCCACAAUCUGGUGGGGCAAGGUUUUGAUGUGGUCAGACUGCACAUAAAAGCUGAUGUGAUUGAUGUGAAGACUUACCUGAGCCCCAGCAAAACCUGUAAACUCUACAGCAACCCUCUUCAAAACCAUGUCCUCCAAAAACUUCCAUCUUCUGUUGUGGACUGGAGUUACGUCAGUCAAUGCAGGCCUGACAUCCACAGCAGACUUCACACCUCUCUCAGCUCUCUGGUUGAGUCUUACACAUCCCAAGAUACCAAUGAUUGGUCGGUUGGCUUGGAUUUUCCAAAAGGUCCAGAGUCUGGCAAGUUAGAUGUGGGAGGAACCCGCUCCAAAGCCUACAAGUUCGCUUCACAAAGGACCAAAGAGGAUCGAUACAUUUUCAGCACACACAGUGUCGCCUGCAGCCAUUAUGGUUUCAUAUUAUCAAACACACCUUCCUUAAGCUUUAAAUUCAAAAAGCAGUUAGACAUCCUUCCACCUCACUACAACUCCUCCACUAAGAAUGAGUAUAGAAAGCUGAUAGACAUCUAUGGCACACACUACUUCACAAUGGUUAAUCUUGGAGGGCGACUGAGACGACUGAUAUCUUUACGAAGCUGUUUGUCCUCCAUGAAUGGGUUAACCUCAAGUGAGACCCACACCUGUUUAUCUAUGGGUGUUGCUGUUGGCUUGGGGAAGACGAAACUCUCUAGUGUCCCGAAUUCUUGCAUUAGUGUCCUAAAAAACCAGGAUGUUGCCACUAACUUCAGCUCUGGUCUCCACCAGCACUUCACAGAGGUGUCAGGAGGAAAUGGUUGGUUGGGGGAGUUUUCAAUUUUCCAAAAUGAUUCCAUGGGCUACAUGAACUGGCUAAAGAGCCUGAAAGAACAUCCAGAUGUUGUUUCGUACUCCCUUCGAUCUCUCUAUCAUCUCAUGCCGAAUGAGCUCCUAAAGGCAGCAGUGAAAGCUGCUAUUGAGCAGUAUUUGAAGGACAAUGCUUUGAAGAAAUCACCCGAAGAGCCACACUGUGAGGGAUCUACUCCUGAUUUGUCCUCUAACUGUUGCCCUCUGCACGCCUCAAGGGGAACUCUAGCAGUGAGCAUUGUUCAAGGCUGGAAUCUAUAUGGAGAUGUCAUUGGAAAAACUGAUGGCUAUGCUAAGCUGCACUAUGGUUCCAUACAACGCAAGACCCGAAUGAUUCAAUCCGAUGAUCCGAAGUGGAACGCUGAGUUUAAUUUGGGCAAGGUUGACACAAGCCUGCAAAUGAAGAUUGAGGUUUGGGAUCAGGACUCGAAAUAUGACGACCUUCUCAUACACUGCGUGACAUACCUGAAGCCUGGCAGUUACACUUUCACGUGCUCAUCACCGUAUGGAAACGUUAUGGUUAAAUACACGAUGACCUGUGACCCACAUCUGACUGGAGAAAAAUGCAUCGAUUAUAAACCAUCUCCCUUAAAGAGAGAAGAUUAGUGGGUUUUGGGAAUAAAAGCAUUUCAUUUCAUCACAUAACAUUAAAUCACUAAAUCUGGUUGAAACUCACAAUUUAUUCUUAAUAGUUUAAUUUUGUUAAAGACCUAGCUAAAUGUGUAUUUAUCAUACAAUGAAAAAAAAUUCAAGAUUCUGUGUAACAUUUAUUCACAAGAAAUAACUAUGCUUUAAUAUAUGCAACCAGAAAUUGUGUUCCCUUUAAUGACAAUAAAAUAUUUUAAAUUGCUACAAUUUGUUGACUUUGCAUAUUUUUGACAAAUCUUGUAUUAGUUGUGUGAAUUAUGUCUUAUAUGUGUCACUAUAAAAGAGAGAGAGACGUAGUUACGUUA